AUGAGCUUUGCUAUCAAGAUUGCUCUUGCUACUAUUUUCCUAGGAGUCGUUUACCUAGGAGAAAUUCAAGUUCAAGCCGUUCCUCUAGGAGAUCGAUCAGCUGAAUCGAUAACCGAAAUUGCUGUCAUAGAAACUGAUAAUGCCUCAUCCCCUGCUACUACCGCCAUCGACACUUUAGGAGAAUCCAAUACUCGUGUUAAGCGUCAAGGAGGAGGAUGUGGAUGCGGUUGUGGUUGCUGUUGUUGUAGACCAAGAUGUUGCUGUUGUUGCACUCGAUGCUGUACUUGCUGCUGUACCAGAUGCUGUACCUGUUGCCGUCCAUGCUGCUGUGGUUGCGGAGGAGGUUGCGGAGGAGGCUGUGGAGGAGGAUGCGGAUGUGGAUGCUGCGGAUGUGGAGGAGGAGGACGCAAGCGCAGAUCUCUCCAACAGCUCCAAAUCAGAUUGGCCGAUAAAAUCGAGAAGGAGAACAACAUCCCAACCCCAGUCGAAGUUGCCCCAGUUGAAGAGACCGCUGUUGAAGUUGUUGUCCCAGAAGAAGAAUCUGCCACUGAAUGGCCAGCUCCAGUUUUCGAACUUGUCACCGAAACCUAUGCCUAA